ACGUACAUGCACCCCGCAAAAAGAAGAAACGUGGUCUAUGCACCACCCCCGGCCCGGCUUAUAUCUCACUCUCGCCCGCUCCUAAGUCUCAUUCUCAAGUCAUUCUGUACACUCAUCCCCCUCCUCCGGGCUCUAGUCGUGUUCCUUUGAACAAGAGAAAAUCCUCUGCUGGUUACGACAGCGGCUCCCUAGUCGGUGUUUGCUUUGAACCACGGAAGAGCCUCUACUGCGUGCUGUAUACUCCGCCGGAUUCUCCUUUAAUUCAAGCAAGAGAGAUGGAUCAGAAGGGAAAGUCCAAUGUUGUUGAAGAGUUCGUGCAAACGGCAUCUGGUGGCGUCAGGACGUACAAGGAUAAAGAGGCAUCGGAGCACGAUACUGCCAGCAGUCCUCUCGACGUGUUGCAAUCACAGUCAUGCUGCCUGACAUGCAAGAAUGACCGUGGGAAUUGCAGUAAUGAUGGAACAACAAAACGUUGUGUUGAAGUAACUCUGCACCAGACAUUUUGUAAAAGUGUGAAUAUUACAUGUGACAUGAGAGAAGCCAUAAACAGCAUCUCAGGAAAUAAAGUUGUCCUAUGUACCCCUGAAGGUUUUCACUAUAAGGUCAAUGUGACUAAAAGGAUUGAUGUCACGAGUAUUCAUGGUGCUAGAUGGAACGAGUUUCUAUUUGAUUACAAUCUAUUGGAGGGAGAUAAAGUUCUACUUAUAGUUACAAUAUAUGGUUUGCUUGUUGCUGCCAUAAGUAAGGAAAAUGUUUUUAAAAUCAGGUCACCGACAGCAGUUGCACAGAGUGUUGAAGAUGAUGUCAAACAUAUUAUAGAUGAUGUUGUGAUGACGAGAGGUUGUCGUCUUAUGGUAGAUGAAGAUGAUAAUUUGGUUCAAUGCAUAAGAACUUAUGGUGCUUUCGCGAUUUCUUCAUUUGUGCAUAGGAUAACACAAAGCGACAUGGGAAAAAUGAAAAUACCACGAGAAGUUGCUGAUGAAUUAGAUGUUUGCAAUGAAGGAAUGACACUGUUAGUAAUGUACAAGACUUUCAAUCUUGAAAUCGACGGAACAUACAAGAAAGCACCACCCAAAGAUGGAAGAAUUGUGCUAGUGACUGGAUGGAAGGCUUUCUGUGAGCAAGCAGGGAUUAUGAAGAAUAAAGCCCUCAUGAUGCAGUUCUUCAAGAGAAAUGAUGACCUGGUUAUAGUAACCACUUUAUUAUAGACGGCAUACUAUGUGGAUGGUAUGAAAUAGAUAGCAUAGUGUUCUAUGCAAUAUUUCCGUAAUGCAUAAUUCAUGUGUUCUCCUUGACUUGAAAACUCUAACAUUCGUUGCUAUGGAUAUUUGAUAUGUUUCUAUGGCGAACUAAAGUUGGGGCGCCAAGAAUAAGUUUUGUGUUGUGAAAUAAUUUGGCACUUCAAAUAUAUUUUGAGUACUGAAUCGUUGUGAUCC